UGAGUGAUGGACACGAGAGAGUUGACGGUGGUGGUGGGCAGCUUCGUGGGGUUCCAGCUCCUCUGCUCGGUGGUCAGCCCACUCCUCUCCACCACGAUCUCCCCAGGAUAUGCUCAGCUGCCCUCCCACAAGCACAUCGAGUGGAACUCCCGGAUGGUGUCCACUGUCCACGCCCUGAUUGUAGGCUUCUUUUGUUUAUACAUCCUGUGGUUUGACGAUGUAGUCAACGCCAACCCUGUCUGGGGUGACCCCAGCCUCGUCAAGUUAAAUGUAGCCAUAACAUGUGGUUACCUUCUUUACGACCUUGUGCUGCUGGCCUGUAACUGGAGCACUAUGGGAGACAGUUUUUUCGUCUGCCACCACUUGGCAGCGCUCUAUGCAUAUGGAUAUGUGCUGACACGUGGUGUGCUUCCGUACUUUGCAAACUUUCGUCUUAUUUCAGAGCUUUCCACCCCAUUUGUAAACCAAAGGUGGUUCUUUGAGGCAUUAAAAUACCCACGCUCACAUCGUAUGGUGGUACUAAACGGAUUGGCCAUGGCUGUCGUGUUCUUCUUGGUGCGUAUAGCAGUCAUGCCUUCAUAUUGGGCCAGUGUCUUUGCCACUUUUGGCACUCCGGAGUUUGAGCGUCUCGGUUUGGGUGCCCAGGUGGCAUGGAUCAUCUCCUGUAUCGCCCUGGACAUCCUAAACACCAUCUGGAUGUACAAAAUCACACGGGGAGCUUACAAAGUGCUCAUGGGCACAAGAGGGAGGAAGGGGAAGGACGCAGCCGAGUGUUUGGACAAAAAAGACCACAUCAAUAACCACACAGACUGAGACGCCACAGGGCAAAUGUAGUGUCAAGCAGAACUCGAUAAACGUCCUUCAGUCUUCUGACAGUAAGUGGCGUAGUGGGCUGGGACUCCUCAGGGUGCUCCCCAACAGGAGGCUGUUCUCCACUCCCUCUGGCACCAGCUGUAGAGGUCUCAGAGGUCGAACUGUUCCACUAAGUGGUAUGGUACACUGUCACAUGAUGUACAGUAUAUGAAAUUAGAAAUCAGGCUUUGUUGCAAACAGCUUCAUCAAAACCUGGUUUAAAACACAUUUCAUGCUUUAAAUAUUGUUCAUGGUUGGAAUCCUACUAUAUAACUCAGGUGUUUUGCCAAAUCAAAGUAGCUGCUAAUAAGAUUGAAAGAUUUGCUUGAAUCUUUCCAGAGCUUUUUCGCAUUGAUUUUUCACAGAAUCAAACAUACUUCAGUGUCUUCAAAAUGACUCCCAAAUGUGUUUUGAAAAAAAGUCUGCGCAUAAGGUUCACUUGUUUUAAGUGCUUAAAUUUGGUUUACUGGUAUACCAGUAGUAUUUAUACAUUAUUAUUAUUAUUAUUACUAUCAUUAUUAUUAUUUUAAACCUUUUUUUUAAAUUAUUUUCAUCGUUGGAUCUGGAUACACAAACAAAAAUGUAGCUGUACAAAAGUAUAACAAUACAAAACAUUUCUGCACUACUGGGUGGGCAGGGCAAUAUUCAUUAUAUUCAGUGUCUGUUAUGUUUAUUAUUAUUGUGGCCUUGCAUUCCAAAUAAAGCUGCAGCAAUAUGUAAAUAUUUCACAUUUCAAACCACUUUGGUUUGUUGAAUGAGAUCUGCAGAUGUACUGUACCAUUUGGUGGAAAUGGGUUAUAUAAGAGCUUAAAGCACACUUUUUCUGGCUAUGUCAAUCUCUCUCCCCUCAUCAGUCCUGUCCACCAUAAACUUCAGCCAAAGUCCAAUCCUCUGAAGUGCCUGCGGACGACAGGAAAGCAAUAACCCCCAGCGCCGCACCUCUCCUUCUGCCCAGCCAACACCUGUCAGUGCACAGCCCUGCACAGUCUGGAUCUAUAGUAAUCACUAGUUAUCUAUAGGGCUCCUGUCUCCCACACUUGACACGUGGCUAACUGUAGACAGAACAACACCACAAUGCCUCACCUGCUGGUGCCUCGUCCCUCAACAGAAUGGCGCUGCCUCGAUCACCAGCCCUCUGGACUCUUUGUAAAACUGUACAUCUUUUAUGAGCAGACUAUAUGCAUGUCAAAAUAGAAGCAUGAAGCUGUCAUAUUAACACGUCGGACCAUGUUGCCUUUUCAGUGUUCUUCAUUUGCUACGCCCUUCAUAACAUGUUUUGGUUAGUUGUGAAACAGCCUCAAAAUUGACACCAAUGCUCUCACAUCUCAUUUCAAUCGCAUUUUGCCUUGAAUUUGUCUUAUGUUCUACCUCUCUCAUUGACAAAGACUCUUAGCGGUACGUACUAUUGUGGUGGUUCAGAAGGUUUACCAGUUCAUCUCUACAGUUGAUGCCAGCAAAUGCAAAGAAAAAGCGCUACCACUUAAAGCACAAAGCUCCCUCGUACCCCCAGCUGUGUUUCUCCUGUUGCGCCAAAUCUCACUGAAAUGAAAAAAGGAUUCCUACACAGUAUGGGGGGAAAGUUUGGAAUAUGAUUUCCAGUUCAGCUAAAGUUUAAAAAAGAAAUGGGGCUGAAAAUGUUUCCAAAAUAUUCUCCGUAAACCCCAUGACACUUUGGAUUUAAGUGCAAUUGUCAUAACAAGUCACACUGUGCUACUGGAAUUGAGUGCUGUUGCCCUUAAACAGUGAGGUGGCUUGACUAGCAGGGAAAAGUAAAUACGACAUGCAACAAAACAACAAAAACAAGUUUUAUUAUUCAGUACAACUGUAGCAGUCUCAACUUUAAUGUGUUGCUGGUAAAUUCUAUUUAUGCAAUAUCUGGAUACAGGUCAGGUGCAUUUUCAUGAUCUCAGUCUAAUGCACUUCUUUUACUAGUAUAUUGAAACGUAUGCUUUGAUCUCAAUAUUGAGAUUUGGACUGUUGCCCAUAUUUGGCUUUGAGUAUGUAAGGUUAAAGAUUACUGAGCUCAUAUACAUAAGAUUAUACAUUCAACUUUCAGAAUGUAGAUUCAUGCCAUGAUUGCGCACCCCAUUGUACCGCUUAAAUUCCUAUAGGAGCUCUGCAAAUGUUUCUCUGCAUUUGUUGGCUGUACAAACCGACUACGGUGCUUCAAACCAUCUGGAUGAAGUUCAUUGUAGCCCAUUAUAAUGUGUACAAAUGUAAAUCAUCUAUAGAGCAUGGAAUGCUAUAUUUUUGUGGCACCUUAUUAAAAGUAAUGGCAGUAAUCUGCUGACACAACGCCUUUUCAGACGCUUGUUUGGCCCUGUAUGCAUGUUCUUCUCUUCAUUCCCUGCAUGCUGGAGUAUACUGUACCUUUCUGCAUGUCGAUCAUUUGCACCAGUCUGUAUUUUGUAGAGAACAAUCGCUACUCUUUUUCCAGACAGAGAUUUCAAACCAGUUCUUUAAUCUUUUCUAUAAUGCUUGCAUGUUUACUCUUUAUGCUGCAGCCUGUCCUGAUCUGAGAAUGUGGACAUUCACUGUGGAACCCUAAAGCACACUCCCCACGGAGCAAUAUUACAGUAUGUGAGCUCCUGUAAUUCUGUCUGUCACCACAGAGGGGCGCUGCAGGAUCUGUGCCUUUUACAAACCCUGGCUGUGAAUGAUGCAGUUGAGUCAUAAUUGCAUGAACUUUAUAUAUCUCCUGUCCUUAAGUCUGAUUUGUUGUUCCACUGGAGCACUAUUGUAUGACUAACUCUAGUGUUGACCUAAAUGUUCAAAGUAAUUUAUACUUUGAUAUUACAGAAAGUACAGGUAAACUAGUGGUGUCAUAAGAUAUUUUCCACAUGUUAAUGUUCUUCCCAUUUUAUAGCAACAACUUUAAUCACUCGUACGUUGGAUGUCAUACCAGUUUACCUUGUACAGUAGUGCCCCGGUGGAAAAUACCCAUAAUAUGUAUUCUAAUGUGUAUAGAGUUUUUAUAAUCUGCCUGCACAAUGAAUAAUCCGGCCAAGUAUUAUUAGAAUCCAAAGCUGAAGCCUGGACUAUUUCUGAAUAUGUUGAACUUUACGUUGCAUUACCGCAUCCAAAAUCCUAAUCUAUUUUUGCAAUCUGUAGAUAUUUACACACAGGGAGGCUCAUAUCUCACUUCUAUCUCCGUGGCCUCCUCCUUUCCAAACUGUGAAUAGUUGUAGAAUCAAACUGGAUGCUGCUGAUGACUGCGGCUCCCGUGCACAAAGACUAGCAUCAUAAUAAUUCUAUUGUGACGAGGACUGGUACUGCAGGGUUUUUUAUUCUUAUGUAUUUUAACCUCUAUUCGAAUUGAUUAAAUGAACAAAAGUAUAUGCUUGAAUAAAAAGGCUGCUGCUAUUAAAGGCUGUCUUGUGUUCCAGUGUACGGAGAACACUUUGAGAAAGACUUUGAUGAUUAUCUGAAAAACGGUACGUCCAAGUUUGAACAAGUACAGCUGGUAUUAAUAUAUUGCUGUAUCUAUGUCUGUAUCUAUAUUUUGUUGUCUCAAUGUACACAACAUUGAUUUUUGUAAUAAUAUUGUACCAAUAACUGUAAGACUGCAACAGUUAUGCUAAUCAAAUGGAUUGUCUUAUGUUCCUAUUUUAUUUUGACUUUUAAAGCAAUGCAAUUUUUGAUUAUUUUGAUCCAUACUUGGGGAAUUUUAAUGUGAAACAGGCUACACUACUUCCAGGCCCAGAUGAAUGGUCGGAAUGAAAUCUACAAUGACCACUACUAAUGAUGAUGGUAGAUCUGUAGUGCUGAAAAUGUACUUGAAAGUUUUGCUCUUCAAUAAAGUUGAAGAUAAUUUAA